AUGAAAUAUAAUGAAUUUGCCUUUUUCAGGACCCCUCCAAUGGGAUGGAUGUCAUGGACGGCGUUCUACUGCCAGAUGGAUUGCGUCAAGUAUCCAAGAAAAUGUAUCAACGAAAAUCUUUACAUGGAAAUGGCAAACGCCCUUGUUGUGGGAGGUUAUCGAGAUGCAGGCUACGUGAGUGUUCAUGUAGAUGACUGUUGGAUGGGACGUGUACGAGAUCCGGUAACUGGACGACUUGUCGCCGAUCCCAUACGUUUCCCCAGCGGGAUGCAUAACUUGGCCAGAUACAUGCACGCCAGAGGUUUGAAAUUCGGCAUCUACGAGGAUUAUGGUACGAAGACAUGCGCAGGAUUCCCUGGAAGCUUAGGGCAUUUGCAGGUUGAUGCCAACACUUUCGCUGAAUGGGAGGUGGAUUAUUUGAAACUUGACGGAUGCAACGUCGAUACUGAUUUGAUGCCUGCAGGUGGGUUCCCAAUAUAUUUUCGGACUUCGACUGCUUCAUGUCUUUCGAAAAAUGUUUUCGAAAGAAGUGAAGCAGUCGAAACCUUCUUGAUAUUAAUAACGUUCAACUUUCACUAA